AAAAAAAGGAAAAAAAAAAACUAAAAAAAACUUUUUUUUUUUAAUAAAACAAAAUAAAAAAUAAAAAUAAAAAAAUGGGAUACACAAAUGUGUCCAUUUUAUUAGGCCUGUUGGUGGUCUUUGUUUCACCAGUGGUGUUCGCAGAUGAUGUGACACCAAUCCCAGAGACCAAACCCCAAGUGGAGCAGUGGUUCAAGACCAACGUUGCUCCAUUGGCUCAACGUAAAGGCUUAGAUCCAGCCCUCGUGGCUGCUGAGGCUGCACCACGUACCAUCACCGUGAAUCCAAAGGGAGGUGAAUUCAAAACACUAACAGACGCCCUAAAGAGCGUUCCUGCAGGGAACACAAAGCGGGUGAUCAUAAAGAUGGCUCCUGGUGAGUACAGAGAGAAGGUCACUAUCGACAAGAACAAACCCUUCAUCACAUUGAUGGGACAACCCAAUGCCAUGCCCGUUAUCUCCUUCGACGGUACUGCCGCCAAGUAUGGAACCGUCGAUAGUGCCUCUCUCAUUAUCUUAUCCGACUAUUUCAUGGCCGUCAACAUCGUCGUUAAGAAUACUGCCCCGGCGCCAGAUGGUAAAACAAAGGGAGCACAAGCCUUAUCUAUGAGAAUCUCCGGAAACAUGGCUGCCUUCUACAACUGCAAAUUCUAUGGUUUCCAAGACACAGUCUGUGACGAUACCGGAAACCAUUUCUUCAAGGACUGCUACGUCGAAGGAACAUUCGAUUUCAUCUUCGGAAGUGGAACCUCUAUGUACUUGGGAACACAAUUGCACGUGGUCGGAGAUGGUAUCAGAGUGAUCGCAGCACACGCAGGAAAGAGCGCAGAGGAGAAGAGUGGAUACUCUUUCGUGCACUGCAAGGUGACUGGAACCGGUGGAGGAAUCUACUUGGGAAGAGCAUGGAUGAGCCACCCUAAGGUUGUCUAUGCCUACACCGAGAUGACCAGCGUCGUCAACCCAACCGGAUGGCAAGAAAACAAGACCCCCGCUCAUGACAAGACCGUCUUCUACGGAGAGUACAAGUGUUCAGGACCAGGAUCACACAAAGCCAAGAGAGUUCCAUUCACACAAGACAUUGACGCCACUGAAGCUAACCGUUUCCUUUCCCUCGGCUACAUCCAAGGAUCCAAGUGGCUUCUCCCACCACCCGCUUUGUAAACUCUUUAAUAUUAUUAACCUAUUCAGAUUAAAACUAAAACUAUACUUAAUCAUCACCGAAAUAUGUAUGUCGGUGUAUUUUCCUUUUCCCCUUUUUGUAUCAGUUUCUUUUCCAAGAGUCCGAUCUCUUCUUUGAAUAUCAUGGAGGAGUGGAGACUUGUAUAAUUUUGGUUUCAUUAUAAUAAAAAUGUUGUC